CAAGCCUACAUAAUGCUCAUGUACAAAGCCCUAUCCGAACGAUCAUAAUCAAAUAAAUACCUGAGUGAAUAAACUGACAGUGUCAUGUGUCGCCAUACUUUUAUCACUCCAAUAACAAGGACCGAAUCGAUAGUUUUGUACUGACUCAGUAAUUGUGAGCGCCAGUCAAAAUGGUUUACUCGAUUGCCCUCACACAAAGGUGUGUAUAUUAGAUUUUAGUCCACCUAUGCGGAUAAUAAGAGCGUUUCGUAGCUCUUGAGAAACUUUUGCGCGAGAGUCUCGAUGGCUCUGUCAGUAGAAAUUCACUUCAUCCGAUCUCUAAAUAGCAGCUUGUGGCAUCAAGACGUAUCGUCGAGAGACGCUGUUCUCCUAUGUGUUUCGAGACUGAUACCUUCCAUUGAUGGGUCCAGACGAUUAGAGGAGCACUUUACGGGCGGCUAGGCCAUCCAGAGAAGGGGGCAGGGUUCCUGCCACAGACGGACCGUGUAUUUUCCUAAGAUGAUCGCAGAGACAGCGAGUGGAGAUCGAUGUCUCGGCCCGCUUCUACUAAUGACUAAAACCAUGCUUUAAACCUGCCAUUAUUACUCAGCCAGUUCAACAUGACAAUGAGUGGAUCUAACAUCUCCGCCGAGAUGUUAGGUACUGUUUUACCGCAGACACUGGAAACCACGGCAAACAGUACGUUUGAUAGGAACAUUUCUUCCGCAAAGGACACUUUUUCAGACGUCUGUAAAUACUGCUUCUUCGAAAUAGAUGGGACUAUCGCAAAUUUUUCCGUGUAUGACAAUGGGACGUUUUCUACCGCAUCGCCAGAAGACUUGUACCCAGCUGGCUUGCCCAGUGGGUAUACCUGGUCUCAUAUCAUCAUCACCUCCAUCUACGUAACCGUCAUCAUCAUUGCUAUUGUCUUCGGUAAUGCCCUGGUUUGUGUAGCCAUUGCCACCGACAGGAAUUUAAAAUCCACUCAAAACUGGUUCAUCGCCUCUUUGGCUGUGGCGGAUUUGCUACUCGGGAUGUUAAUCGUUCCCUUUUCCUUGGCAAAUGAAUUGAUGGGAUACUGGUACUUCGGUACCAUUUGGUGCGAACUGUGGAAAGCUAUUGACGUGCUGCUGUGCACGGCAUCCAUUAACAGUUUGUGUUUAAUUAGCUUAGACCGUUAUUGGUCAAUAACACGCGCGAUUCACUAUGCCCGACAACGGACCCCAAAACGGGCCGCUAUCAUGAUUACGACGGUGUGGAUUAUAUCGGCUGUCGUGUGUGUGCCCCCGCUCAUUGGCUGGAAACAGCCGCCUCGAGAGUCCGAUUACCCUGUGUGUGAGUUAAGUGAAGAUAUAGGGUAUGUGCUUUAUUCUUCAAUGGGCUCAUUCUACAUACCAAUGGUAAUCAUUCUGUUCGUGUACAUGCGCGUGUACCUGGCGGCGAGAGAGCGAGCCAGGCGAACAGUGAAGAAACAAAAGAUACCAAAAGCAGAAAAUGGUAAAUCCCCUCCGACGACAACUACAACAACAACAACAACAACGAGUUUCACCACCCUACCCAAAAACAAUAACGAGACCGUAGAACAUGAGGAAGUGGCCACAAUUCCUGAAGCGGAAGGAAGCUCGGCCUUGUCAGACGGAGAUGAAAGUGGUUUUACGACAUAUAACCCGAAAAGUGGUGCGUUUGAAGGCUGUGGUAAUGGAACCUCCACUACCGGAACAGGGGUUCAGUCGGGGGAUGAGACCAAGAACCUUCUGUCAAAUGAUACGGAUUCAGUGGAUACUUCAAAUAGAGGAUACAUUGUGACAAGUGAUAGCGAAUCGGCCGAUAUGCGCCAUAUUGGUGGCUUUAAGUUGGUGCCUCUCGUCCCUGACACGGAUUCCUCUACAGUCGACUCGCCGGGAAUGCGGCGUAAAGACAGGAGACAUGUUCUGCUUUCAGACAGUGAAAAUUCCAAACCUUUACUUGAAGAGUCCGACUCGGCUCCAACGCAUGAGUCUACUCUGCAUAAUUUCAAUAAGGACUGUCCCAGUGUUGACCCAGAUGGGUCACUCCCUUCCGGUACUGGUGCCAGAAUUAAACCGGGAGAAAAGGAAGUGACAGUCACGUCCAAAUAUCAGAUAUUAUCAAUGCCCAAAGGAUUUGGUAACUUUUUGCACAAAAGUCCGAAUCGUCAGAAAGCGAAGCCUAAAAAGGAACAAGUUUUCCGCACGGCUGCUCAACGUGAUCACGAGAGGCAAAAACGGAAGUUGGCCAAAGCCCGCGAGAGACGCGCCACUAUUGUAGUGGGAAUCGUCAUGGCAGCUUUCAUUUUGUGCUGGCUGCCUUUCUUCACUCUCUACGUUUCAUCCGCAUUGUGCAAUGGCCCGUGUAUUCCAAUGUUUGUCUUCAAAUUCUUCUUUUGGUUGGGCUAUUGCAAUUCCGCCCUAAAUCCUUUCAUAUAUACAAUAUUCAACCGUGAGUUCAGGCAUGCGUUUCAAAAAAUCAUAUUUCGUCGAUCACGGUGUUAAAGCUAUAAGCACUAUCUCUGACGUAUGGAGGGAAAUUAUUACUUUAUAUGAACAAAUAUAUAAGUUUCAGUGAGUAAUCGCACUUUCCUGAAUCCAGCCUUCAUGCUAAAUACUGCGAGCCGGGCCUUGUUAUUCUUUAAGGAAUAACAAAGCAAAUUAUACACUGGCUUCAGGUAGAGAUGUUCAGUUAAUUUCCCGAAGAGGAAGGUUUCUGUCAUAUUAUCUGUAAGCUAUGCAUGAGGAGCGUACCGCGUGGUACCCCUCUGUGAAUGGGUCAUGGCUCAAACAGAAGUACUUGUAAGUGCUCCAUGCCUGAGAACGAUCGACUAUUAAUUAAAUCUGAUGUAAUCACAUCCCGGCUCAUGUAUACGAUAUGGCGAGGAUGCCAUUUGCGGGUUUACCAUUAAUAAAAUCCAAAUUUCUUCAAUAUUUUUCAGGUAAAAGAUGAUGUGUAUUCCGCUCAUUUUUUUGUAAAUGAUAAUAGCCUCAAGGACGUUCUAAGCUCAAAGCGUGCUUUAUUUUAUUCCUUGAGACUGAAAGUUUUCCCAUCGUUUAUAACUUGCUGUAAAACUGAUAGA